CUGAACAUCAUGCUCCGGGACCAGACCGGCGAGAAGACCUUCUUCAAGGUCAAGAAGACGACGAAGCUCGACAAGCUCUUCAACGCGUACUCGCAGCGCAAGGGCGUCAACGCGUCGUCGCUCCGCUUCCUCUUCGACGGUCAGCGCGUCCGCGGCGACCAGACGGCCCGAGACGUCAAAUUGGAGGAUCGCGACCGAAUUGACGUCAUGCUCGACCCCACAGCGACCCCACGGUAG